CGUUAGCUUAGAUGCUAAACACGGAAAUGGCUUCGGUAACAUGCGCUUCGCUCUGCUCGACUUUGCUGUUUGUUGGCGUCUUCGUGUUUGUCUCUGCAGGGCAGAAAAUCAUCACAGCUCAGCCUGGACAGGACGCCACUCUGACAUGUCGAGCUCCAAACAACAACACCGUCAUGAUUGUAGAGUGGAGCAGAGCUGACCUGGGGCUGAAAUAUGUCCUUUUGUACAGGCAUGAGCAGUUUGAUCCAGGUAACCAGCAUCCAUCCUUUAAGAACCGGGCGGAUCUGCAGGACAGACAGAUGAAGGAUGGAGACGUGUCUCUGAUUCUGAAGAACGUGACGAUUAACGACACUGGAACAUACGAGUGUCGUGUCUUCCAGACAACAAACCGCAGGAAGAGAGCUAAUAUGGAAGCUAAUUUGGACAGUGACCCCAUCAGCAUCAUCACCCUGAGAGUUGCUCCUCCAGGUCCAGGAGGAGGAACCACAGAGGGUGGAGGAUCUGUAGGACUGAUCGUUGGUCUCUCAGUUUCUGCUCUGCUUCUUGCUGCUGUUGUUGGAUUUGUGAUCUACAGGAAACACAAACAGAAUCAGGAUCCAUAUCAUCCUCCUGUUGAACUGCAUCCUGUUUGAAAUGGUUCAGAGCUUCUUAGAUGAUGAUGCUGGGUUAGAGAAACCUUCAUCAUUAGACAAAACGGCAGGAGAAAGUCUGACUGAAUAAACUAAUGCAGUAGCAUCACAGUAGAAAACCAGAAGACUCACAUUUGGGGAUUUGACAGGUAAUAAAGGAGGAGAUGAUGAUUAAAUUAAAGAAAGUGUUGAUUGGGCUGAAACACAGAGGGGUUGAAUAUCAGUUCCCCCGAGACCCUCACUGUGCCUGAAGAUGGAAAAAAAGACAAAGACUUUAGAUUAAGUAGCAGCUGAUCUGUCAGCCCAAUGAAAACCUGUCAGUUAUUACAAAUAAUUUUAACUGCAAUGUUCAAAUGGAUUUGAAAAAAGCCCCCAAAAAACUAUGUUCCAGCAUCUGUGAGAUAGAACCAGGAAAUGAGAGUUUAUUUUGUGUCAUGUUUAAUGAACAGGCUGAUAAGAUCAGAGAAGAUGCUGCCUGUUAGAUUACGAUAAAUGUAAAGCUUACAGCUUUUCUGUAGUUCUUUACAGGUAUUUUAUGUUCUUCCAACUCUGAGCAUCUUUGACUUAUGAUGUGCUUGAAAUUCAUAAAUUAUGAUAAGUAGUAGUUUUAUUCCGUUUUGAUGAUGUUUUGAAUGUUUAUAAGACAGUCUGUCAUCCUGUGAUUGUAUAUUUGCUCUGAAUGUGUCCAGUUUGGAUGAAUUCAGGAGGAAAAUGUCAGAUCUGUGUUGAUGCUGUUUGAGGCCCCGUUAGCUUCCAGGUUAGCUUCCAGGUUAGCUUCCAGGUUAGCCGCUCACCUCUGUGUGAGGUUACAUUUCCCUUUUGCUUGUAUGUGGAACAGCAGGAGAAAAGAAAAGUUACCAAAUCUUAGAAUAAGUUUAAAACAUUUCAGUAUUUUUUUCCAGGCAAAAUCUUCUGUUUCCUGAGUUCAGUGUGUGUGUGUGUGUGUGCGUGUGUGUGUGUUACAGCAUCAGAAUCAGUGUGUUUGUGUUUUAUCAGCAGCUGUGUGUCAGAUCAGACUCGUUAUUGUCUGAUGCAAACAAACUGAUGCUCAUAAAGAGAUCAGAUGUUACAGUACAAUUACUCACCGAGUGAACCACCUGACACAAACACACACUGAUGAUGAACACAUGAAUUACUGUGGAUCCCAGAUCAUCAUUAAUCUGUCUGAUAGAGGUCAGAGUUCACUGGGCAGCUAUGACUGAAUGUGUGGAACUUUUCCCUCCAUGAAGUGGCCUCUGCAUGCUGAUAGUUUCUGGUUGUUACUUUAGUUCAAGAGCAGGUCACAUAUUUAUUUAUUUUUUACUUUGUGUUUGUGUUGCUAAUAAAACUUUUCACAGAAAA